AUGGCAGGUGUCUCUGCUCAGCCACCGCCUCCCAGCCCAGCUGCUCUGGGCUUCCGGACAGUGGAUAAACAGAACCCUGGGCGGGGCUGCUCUCGCACUGUGCCUGCCCUGGUGGGCUGGGCUCUGCUCAAGGAGGGCAGUGAAACAGGGCUUUGGCAGGUCUGCAGGUCGCGAUCCUCAGGCGCCCAGACCCUCAUCAAUCGGGCUGCUGGUGAAGGAGCCCCUGGGUAUACUGAGGCCAGGCAGGCAGGGAGCUGCUUCCUGUGCCUGGUGGACGUGGUGCCCGUAAAGAAUGAAGAUGGAACUGUCAUCAUGUUUAUCCUCAACUUCGAGGUGGUGAUGGAAAAGGACGUGGUGGGGUCCCCGGCCCAUGACACCAAUCACCGUGGACCCCCCACCAGCUGGUUGGCCCCGGUUACUUCCUCUGAGGAGAUGGUCCUGUCCCUGGGGGCUGAUGUGCUGCCAGAGUAUAAGCUGCAGGCGCCGCGGAUCCACCGCUGGACCAUCCUGCACUACAGCCCCUUCAAGGCCGUGUGGGACUGGCUCAUCCUGCUGCUGGUUAUCUACACGGCCGUCUUCACACCUUACUCGGCCGCCUUCCUGCUGAAGGAGACGGAAGAGGGCUCCACGGCCCCUGACUGUGGCUACGCCUGCCAGCCGCUGGCCGUGGUGGACUUCAUUGUGGACAUCAUGUUCAUCGUGGACAUCCUCAUCAACUUCCGCACCACGUACGUGAAUGCCAAUGAGGAGGUGGUCAGCCAUCCCGGCCGCAUUGCCGUCCACUACUUCAAGGGCUGGUUCCUCAUCGACAUGGUGGCCGCCAUCCCCUUCGACCUGCUCAUCUUUGGCUCUGGCUCUGAGGAGCUGAUCGGGCUGCUGAAGACGGCGCGGCUGCUGCGGCUGGUGCGUGUGGCGAGGAAGCUGGACCGCUACUCGGAGUACGGGGCGGCCGUGCUCUUCCUGCUCAUGUGCACUUUCGCGCUCAUUGCGCACUGGCUGGCCUGCAUCUGGUACGCCAUCGGCAACAUGGAGCAGCCACACGUGGACUCCCGCAUCGGCUGGCUGCACAACCUGGGCGACCAGAUCGGCAAGCCCUACAACAGCAGCGGCCUGGGAGGCCCCUCCAUCAAGGACAAGUACGUCACGGCCCUCUACUUCACCUUCAGCAGCCUCACCAGCGUGGGCUUCGGCAACGUCUCCCCCAACACCAACUCGGAGAAGAUCUUCUCCAUCUGUGUCAUGCUCAUUGGCUCCCUCAUGUACGCCAGCAUCUUCGGCAACGUGUCAGCCAUCAUCCAGCGGCUGUACUCCGGCACUGCCCGCUACCACACGCAGAUGCUACGGGUGCGGGAGUUCAUCCGCUUCCACCAAAUCCCCAACCCCCUCCGCCAGCGUCUCGAGGAGUAUUUCCAGCACGCCUGGUCCUACACCAACGGCAUCGAUAUGAACGCGGUGCUGAAAGGCUUCCCCGAGUGCCUGCAGGCAGACAUCUGUCUGCACCUGAACCGCUCGCUGCUACAGCACUGCAAGCCUUUCCGAGCGGCCACCAAGGGCUGCCUGAGGGCCCUGGCCAUGAAGUUCAAGACGACACAUGCACCGCCAGGGGACACGCUGGUGCAUGCUGGGGACCUGCUCACCGCCCUCUACUUCAUCUCCCGGGGCUCCAUUGAGAUCCUGCGGGGCGACGUUGUCGUGGCCAUCCUGGGGAAGAAUGACAUCUUUGGAGAGCCUUUAAACCUGUAUGCUCGGCCCGGCAAGUCCAAUGGGGACGUGCGGGCCCUCACCUACUGCGACCUGCACAAGAUCCACCGGGAUGACCUACUGGAGGUGCUGGACAUGUACCCCGAGUUCUCGGACCACUUCUGGUCCAGCCUGGAAAUCACCUUCAACCUGCGGGACACCAACAUGAUCCCUGGGUCUCCCGGCAGCGCGGAGCUGGAGGGCGGCUUCAACAGGCAACGCAGGCGCAAGCUGUCCUUCCGCCGGCGCACAGACAAGGAGCCAGAGCAUCCUCCUCCUUCUUGCCCCAGGCUGGAGACCCGGCUGAGUGCAGACAUGGCCAGUGUCCUGCAGCUGCUGCAGAGGCAGAUGACGCUGGUCCCACCUGCUUACAGUGCUGUGACCACCCCGGGGCCCGGCCCCCCCUCAACCUCCUCUCUGCUGCCCGUCAGCCCCAUCCCCACCCUCACCCUGGACUCGCUUUCUCAGGUUUCCCAGUUCAUGGCGUUGGAGGAGCUCCCCCCGGGGACCCCAGAGCUCCCCCAAGACGGCCCCACUCGACGCCUCUCCCUGCCGGGCCAGCUGGGGGCCCUCACCUCCCAGCCCCUGCACAGACAUGGCUCAGACCCGGGCAGUUAG